GGGCUUGCCUCGCGGCGUUCAGUCCCCCCUUGUUAUCCCCCCGCCCUCUCUUUCUCUUCUGCCUCGUCGAAGCGGCGGCUUGCAGCUGAUCAAUCAACAGCAAUAUGGGGAAAACCCGUGGUAUGGGAGCUGGGCGCAAGCUCAAGACACAUAGAAGGAGGCAGAAGUGGGCAGAUAAGUCUUACAAGAAGAGUCAUCUAGGAAACGAGUGGAAGAAACCAUUUGCAGGUUCUUCUCAUGCCAAAGGGAUCGUCCUUGAAAAAAUUGGCAUAGAGGCAAAGCAGCCCAACUCUGCUAUUCGUAAGUGCGCAAGAGUGCAGUUGAUUAAGAAUGGGAAGAAGAUUGCUGCUUUUGUGCCCAAUGAUGGUUGUCUGAAUUACAUUGAAGAAAAUGAUGAAGUUUUGAUUGCUGGUUUUGGAAGGAAGGGGCAUGCCGUGGGAGAUAUUCCCGGAGUAAGGUUCAAGGUGGUUAAGGUAUCUGGUGUUUCACUUUUGGCACUUUUCAAGGAAAAGAAAGAGAAGCCCAGGUCCUGAGUGUCGCGCGCUCGUCUUCUUGCGCAUACCUCUUGCUCCACCCACUUCCCCUCAAUUUUGAAGGACUUCCCUUGGAUGCUGCUAUUUUUCUUUUUAAUUUGUCUGCUAUUAUCCUGAAGGAUGGAUUCUCUAUUUGUAGGAUUCGUCGAUUUACUUGGAUGAGUUUUCUAUUUGUAGGGUCCCAUUUACCUGUUUCUGUGGGUUGGUCUCGCUAUUUUGAACUUAAAAAGUUUAAGAAAUUGCUUGCACCUUUUUUCAAGUUCAAUGCAACUCUAGCGUUUGAUUCA